GCCAACGUCAUUUUAGGUCACCAUUUCUGCCUCAACUUGUCGUUAUUAUUUAAGUAUAUAGUAAACAAUAAUUGGUAGUCUUGAAUAAAAAUAACAAGUUUUGAAUAAAUAAAAGAUGAGUCGUGGCGGGCGUUCGGCUACAACCACAAAAGUAUUUGUAGGUAGUUUACCUGCGGAAACUACACCAGAAGAUCUAAAAAAGCUUUUCUCCCCUUACGGACCAAUUGCAGAAUGCGACAUUGCAAACCGAUGUGGAUUUCUCCAUUUGGAUGAUCAAUCUUUAGCUGAAAAAGCUAUUGAAGAAUUGAACGGUUCAGAAUUCAUGGGUACCAAAAUUUCUGUCGAAAAGGGUAGAGUGAAACCACGUAGAGGUGGAGGACCGAGAGGUGGUCGAGACCGCGGAGGACCCUAUUCCAGAGGAGGCGGCGAUUUUCGUGGAAGAAAUGGAGGUUUCGGGGGCGGACGUGAUUUUGGUCCAUAUAGAGGAGGCGGUAGAGGUGGAUACGGACCUGGUGGUGGUGAUAGAGGAGGUUAUAAUGACCGACGUGGUAGGCAUUCUAUGGGAGGUUAUGAUGACCGAAGAGGCGGUGGUGGAUAUGAUCGAGGUGGUUUUGAAGAUAGACCUGGUGGUUACGAUAAUAGGAGAGAUGGUUAUGGUGGUUAUGGAGAUCGUGGUGGUGGAUAUGAUAGGCAGGGCGGUUAUGACAAUAGGGGUGGUUUUGAGGACAGGAGAGGAGCUAUUGGUGGAUAUGAUGAUCAAAGGCAAGCUGGAGAUAUUAGAGGCGACCUCUAUAGUCGACGAGAUGGUAGUGUAGUACCCAAACAAGGAGGAUAUAAUGGAGCUAACGGGUACGGAGGUGCUUAUCCUAGUAGUACAGGCUCUUAUGGUGAUACUUCUGGAGGUUAUGGUACUAGUACCACGUCUUAUAAUCAAUCGGCGAGUAGUUAUGGAUCUGGAGGUUACGGUGCAGAUGCUUCAGUUAGUGGUGGUUAUAGUGCGGGCAGUUAUGGUACAGUAGCACAAACGAGUGCUGGAUAUCAGGAUAGAGGAAACUAUAACGCACAAACUGCUGAUGGUUAUGGAGGAUCUUACUCAGCCACAUCUGGUACUAGAAGCGGUUAUGAUUCCGCAUAUCCACCAUUGCCGCAACAAAGAGGUUCUAUGUAAUAACCAAAACAGUCAGUUUUGUUUUGAGUUGCCCUGAAACUCAAACUCGCAAAGAAGUUUAACGAAAUCAUGUGGAUAUUCUUUGAUGGUGAUCCAAUUUUCUAUUAGGAAUGCGUAAGAAGUUUUGUUUUUUAAAAGUGAGGAUACAUUCUAAUCGAGUAAUCAAUUUUUUUCUCAUGUUUAGUUGUGUACGUAGGAAAAUACAUUUUUUAUGGAAUAUAAUUUUUGUGUAAUUUUUGACGAGAAAUGUUGUAGGAAUCAAGUUGUCAAUCCUAGCAUUAGGAAACAUCGGAAAAUGAUUAUUUAAUAAGAAAUGAGAAUUGAGUGGAUGUUGAAAAUUUUUAUUUUCAAAUAUGUUUCUCAGUGCUGAUACUACAAUGUUUCUUGUAACCAAAAUGUCACUGAUGAUUCACUUUCUUUAUCAGUUACAUUUACAAAUGUUAAUGGUGUAAAAUAUUUUGAAAGAAUUUAAAUUUCAGAACUGCAAUCAAUUUUUUCUUUUUUGUUUAUCUUUCCAGAUAUGGGUUUUGGUUCUUCUUGUACCUACGUUUUCUCUAUUUUUCUUCCUUACCAAUUUAACAGUUUUUGCUUCUUUUUUUUUAUUAUGGAAUCUUGUUUUUUCAUUUUAUCAUUUUCCCUUCUUCUACAUUAAUUUUUGUAUUUUAUUUCUACAAUUUCCUAUGAAGACACCAUAUAAGCAGGGCUCCCAUAUCCCAUUGUUGUAUUUAGGUGUUUCUAUUAUGUUUUCAUGUAGGUAAUUAGAAAUUUUGAUGUUUAUUAGCUUCAGAAUCGAAGGAAUUACAAAAUUCUGGUUCAGCAUUUGUAUAUAUUGCAAUUUGGUGAACUUUAUGUAGCAUUCAGUUUCAUGAUUCUCAAGAUGGAUUUUCUAAUUUUCAAUUAUUUUUUACUUUUCUGCAAUUUGGUGAACUGUAAUAGCAUUCUGAUGCGUACAUCUUCUCUAAUAAUAAUUGCUUCAAUAACCACUACAUUUAUUUCAUACUGAUAUCGGUUUUUUGGUUUUUCUUCUUGUUUUUAGUUCCAUCUUUAAUUUAAUUGAUUUUAUUUGUACUUUGGGGGUACCUAGGAUAAUACUGACAAUUUAUGUAUGUCCAAAGAGUGUUGUUGCUCUAUAGUAAUCCAGAUUUAAAGCACCGGUUUUGAAAAAUUCGACCACCAACUUUUGUUAUCAUGUUAUCAUUUUAUUUGGGGGGUGGUAUUGGUUAAUAAAUGUUUGUGUUAUUCUGUCGAAAGCUGUAUUCACAUCUAAAUAUCAUCUAUUUACUGUUUAUUAUGGUUUUGACUACUAAACUCAUUUGAUGGAGUAUGAAAUAUUUCAUAAGGCUGGAUUUUUUUAUUUUCAAUUUGUUUUUGGCUUUUCUACAAUUUGGUGAACUGUAUAUAGCAUUCUUCUAUUGAUUCUUUAUUUUUUUUUCAAAUAUGUUUGUUAUUUUGAUUUUUUUAUUUAAUUUUUGGAACUCACAUUGGGGUCUAAUCCAAUGGUCAUGACCUUUAGUGAAUUUUCUAUUUAAUGAAGUGGGAUUUUUUUCUAAUUACAAAUGAGGUGGUUUUUACUAUUAAUUUUCGGUUGUUUAUUGUUCCGAGUGAAUAAAUUGAGGCAGUUUUGAAUAAUUUCGAUUUUGACGUGAAAUAAUAUCACCAUUAUACAUUCAGAUGAUUAUUUGCGCCUUUGAGAUAUUUUUGCAGCGUAAACACAUUGACGAUGAUGAAGAUGGUCAAAAAUAUUUGCGUUUACGUAUAGAUAUUAAUUGGUCCUCUUGCGCCCUGCUACAAACGUUUUUAAAUUAUUUAGAAGUCUGCGUAUAUUACAAAAAAAUUAUCUUGCGCCUUUUGGUAUCGAAUAUAAAUUAAAAAAAUAUAUAUUUUUGCGCAAUUUCUAUUCAUAUACGUAUAAAUGUAAUGCACCAAAUUCCGACGAUUUACCUGGAUAAAUAUAUAGAAUGCGUUCAAAAAAAAGUUUGCGCCACUAGAAAUCGACGUUUGACGCAAGUUUUCCGAUCCCGUGCGCAAUUCGAUGAACGUUCGAGGUCCGUCCGCACGUUUUAUUAGCGCACUUUGAGGUAUGUGUUUUUUAUACUGUUACAGGAUAGACUUUUGACUGCAAAAAAAUGUUUUAUUUUUUGGUAAUCGCGCUCCCCUCGCUCCUUUUUGGUUCCAAAAAAUCCAAAAAUUACCCGAUACCAACGAAUUCGGAUUUGUUGUUGUAACGAUUACACAGCCGCACGCCAAUUAACGGCGCCUGUUAUUAACUUGAUGUAGUGGAAAGUAUAAUGCGACGGAUAUACAGCCGCACGCCAUCUAACGGCGAUAAUUAUAACUGAUGUCGCGCUCUCUUCGUUUCUUUUUGGCCCUAGAAAAUCGAAAAAUCAUUCGAUAUCAACGAAUUUCUUCUUAAUCUUUGUUUUUACGUCGGAUUUGUCGUUGUUAUAACGGUUAGACAGCCUCACGCCAUCUUACUGAUGAAUCAUAUCAAAAUGUUCGUUUAUUAAUUUUUUACGAAUGAAAUUUUAUUAAUGUGUCUUGAAUUCAAUUUUUUUUCUCUAAUAAUUAUAAUUAUACGUGAAGAAAGAUAAAUUUUGAGAGAAUAUACAGUCGCACGCUUUCUAUAGUGGAAAGUGUGUGACAGGUACACAGUCGCACGCCAUCCAACGGCGUUGAUCAUGAUGGGUACACAGUCGCACGCUAUCCAACGGCGUUGAUAAUCAUUUAUAAAAGGUAGUGAGUGGUAAUUAAAGGUCUAGAUGUUUCUGAAGGAAAAAGUUAACCGUAGAUGUUUCUAUAAUGUUAAAGAAGAGUCUACAGUAGAAUAUUUAAUUACAUAUACGUGGAGAACAAUACAAACAAUCUGGGAAGUGACAAGUGGUACAUAAAGUGAUUGUUAGUAGUGUUGCGAUUGGUGUCAAGUGUCAAAUUAAACAUUUUUAUUUACAAAUCUCACCAGAAAAUCAUUAAAUUAUUGUAAGCCGUAUAUUUUGGUAUUAUUUUUCAUAAAUCCGCCAUAAAAACGAAGAUUUAAAAAGUUUUCUUCGAUUUUCUAGUGCCGAAAAACGUCAUACUACAAAAUUUUGAACCGAAAGUUAUUUUUUUUUACAUAUGAGUAAAAAAUAGUUUGUCGAAACUCAAGUAGACCCACCGAUUCUCCUCAGGAAACUCACAGUUUUGAUGCUUUUUGGUAUAUGGAGAUGAAACGUUGCCAAACCUAACCUCUAUUUGACUAAAUAUCGAAAUUGUGUGUCGAAAUUCCAGUAGACCCCUCGAUCCACCCCAGGAAAUUCUUAGUUUUAUUUCUUUUCGGUCUAUAGUGUCUAAUGGUGACCAAACGUCGUCUAACCUAAUCUCUAUUUGACCAAAUCUCGAAAUAGUGUGUCGAAACUCAACCAGAUCCACCAAUUCGCCCAAAGAAACUCACGUUUUUUCGAUUUUCUAUUGCGGAUACCAAAAAUUUUCAACCAAAAGUUAUUUUUUUUUGCGCCGAAGCAGAUAUAUUAAAAUAUUUCGAAACAACCUGUACACUACUGGAAUUUCAAAUUAAUGCUGUGUAUACGUCGACACCCUGUACGGACUAGAAACAACAAAUUGUACGCGGAAAAAUUUUUUAUUCCACCGCCUAAAAACAAUUAAUUCGCGUUAUUGAAAAUUUUAUUUAAUUGGUUGAGGUGUUUUAUUUUUUUUUGUUACCUUUAAAUAAAAUAAAAAUAUGAAAAUUUUUUUAGGUAACGGAGGUGAUGGAAGUACCGACGAUUUUGGAAAAGAAAAAUAUAUUGGACAGAACAAAAAUUCCGUCGAUUCAAGAUGAAACGAGCAUCGAAGAAACAUUAAAUGAAAUAUUGUUGAGAAAAAAAAAAUUAUGAUUAUUAAAUCAUAUUUUUCAUUAAAUCUCGAUUUUCAAUA